UAGCGAUAGUAUGAAAUGUAGGUGAAUUCAAAGACGACUAAUGACUUUAAUCGGUAAACCCAUCACUUAAGGACUUAAUGGAAGUAUAAAAAGGCUAACAUUAUCAAAGCGACGUCAAUAUCAAUAUAUUUUUUAGUAAAGGUGAAUUAAAUAUGCGUUAUAUCUCCAGCAUAACUAUAAUCUUAAUUAUUAGUCUGAAAUCAUUCGCACAAGAAGUGGAUGAAUACGUAAACGAAUGUUACGACAAUUGCCAAGUAUCCAAAAAUUUAUACGAUUGUGUUAAGUACUACGUAAUUAAAUUCGUAAGUGAUUUGAAUUUCGGUUCGGCUCAAGAAAAACAGCUUAAUUCGACGAGAGUAAACAUUAAUAGACGGGAUACCACUUUAACGUACAAGCAAAGUGAUAACGACUUCAUAAAAUUGUACAAAUUCUUGCGGAGGAAAAUUGAUGAUUUUUUCGAUGACGAUGGAUGGAAUUAUGUUUUUCCUGAGGAAGUUUUUUCAUCUAAAAGGGCUUUAAUCACAGAUGAAUAUUUUGAUGAAGGUAAUUACAUAAUACCCAGAAGUAAAAAAGAAAGAUACCUUUUCUUUAUUCCAAUAAUAUUAAUUACAAAAUUAAUGAAAAUAUCAGUGUUGCUCGGAAUGAUUUAUACAAAUUUAUUUGUGGCCAAAGCUGUGUUACUUGUAAUUGCCUUUGCCAUUCCACGAUUAGCGAGAAAUCUGGCAAGGUUAUGUCUAAGAAGAAAAUCUGGAUUGCUCAGUAAUCUUUUUGGUUAAAAUCGUACUUUCUUAUGGUGAGAAUAAACAUUCGUCAUCAAAUUGUGACUUUUUAAUCGAAUCUAUUACCAUUAAAACUGAACAUUUCUAACGGAAUUGAACAAAUCCGGUUUUGUUUCAGUUAGUUCGAAGGAAAUAAUGUCUCCAAGAAUAAUGUACAAAUCCGAAAAUAUCACAAAUUCUACUAAUCAUUCGACAUGGUCCAAAAAUAACAAUACAUCGACAGAAAUGAAUAUGCCUCAAAUGAAAAUAGGAAUGGAAAAUCGAAUGAAAGCUCAAGUAAUGGUGCCCGUCAUGUUAAUUUCCAAACUAUACAUGUUAAAAAUGACUAUAGGAAUGUUGCUGCUAAUGUAUUUAAUGUUUUUAUCAAUUAAUAAUACGUGAUGUAAAAAUGUUGAACACAAUUUUUAUUAAAUUUUUCAGAGAGAUUUUAUUUUUUAAAACUUAGAUACUUAAAAGAAUGAACGUAAGUAGCUUAUAUUUUUUAGUUAUUUUUUUCUGUUACAGAACUUGAAAUUAAUCAGGAAGAUUAUGACGAAGCUAAUUACAUUACUAAAAAAAUGAUUGCUUGGACUGUAAUUAUUUUCAUUCUUAUCAAACUGUACAUUAUUUGGAAAUUAGUGACAAUGUUGUUAAUGAUGUUGUUAAUUUUACAAAGCGUGUUUUUGGCUUUGGCUAUUUAUGUACCAUAUACAUUGUAUGAUUUCGAAAAUUCUUGUACUGGAAACAGGCCGUUAAC